AUGGCAAAGAACAUCCGUUUUCGUGGACGUUGUGAGGAGGACAACAAUAGUCUCAGCCUGAUUUUGCCUGAUCUUGUCUUCUGCUUGAGAGAUUUUAGUCUAAAACUCUUUAAAGAUGGAAGACCAAUAUCUGAGAAUGAAUACCUCGAAAACAGCCUUUCUUCAAAUAAAAGCAAAAAUGAAGCAUUCAAUAAGCCAAGGGAAUGUAUCCGAAAGUAUUUCCCCAAUCGAGAAUGCUUCACACUUCCAGUACCCGGUGAUGAUGUGCUCGAAAAUCCUGAGACUUUGCAUUUCAAUGACCUGUCAAGUAAAUUCAAAGAAGCUACAAUCCCGUUUGUGACGCAUGUAUAUCGCUUAAAACCAAAAGAACUUCUCGCCAGCAAACCAAUAAAUGGGCAAAUGUUUGCAACCCUUGCAACUAAGUAUGUCACAGCACUAAGAGAUGGUGCUGUUCCUGACGUGGAUGAAACUUUCAAAGACGUUGCAAAAAUGGAAAAUGAAAGGAUAUCAAACAAAGCUCUCGAUAUAUUUGAAGACAAAAUGAAAAAAGUACAAAACGAAUUGCCGAUCCCUUCGAGAGUGUUUGAAGAACAAUACAUGAAAUUUCAACAGGACGCACUGAAUUUCAUACGUGAAAAUGUUGUUCAUGAUGAAACUGGGGAUUGUGAAAGGACGGCACAGAUGAUGAUGGACAAUAUUUCGAAUGAAAUAAAAAAGGCAAACACCAAAAAAAUUAGUAAAAAGUGUAAAGAAAAGUUGAGGCUUGAAUUUGAGAAAACGGUAUACAGAAAACUGACGGUACUAGAUGAUUAUAAAAUCGCUGGAGGUUACAAGAUGUAUCAGCAGGACAUACAGAUACUGAAUAAUGAUUACAAAAAAAGUAUGGUAGACUAUGAUCAAUAUGAGGUUUUACCGGCUUGGAUUGAAUUAAUGGAGGAACGGAAAAAGAAAGAUGUGAAUAUUCUAAAAUAUGAUGAUGAUUUAUCCUUAAAAGAAAAAGAAGAUGAAAAAAAGAAAAUAAACAAACAGUUCUCAGACAUGAAAGAAGCGCAAAAGAAAAAGCUUACUGAAGCACUAGAAGCUCAAACCCAACAACUACAUGAACAUCGUAAGGCCAUGGAGAAACAAAGAGAACAGAAGAGGAAGGAAGAAGCAGAAAAAUACGAGGAAUUUGUGAGAAAGAAGUUACAAAAGAAGCAGGCUGAAGAGGAGCUGCAGACGUAUAAGAAGGAAAAGCGCAAUGUGGAACUGAAUGAAAAGCUUCGAAGGUUAAAGAAAAAAAAGGAAGAAGAAGAACGUAGUAGAAAGCAGGAAAAUGAUCUUCAGAAUGUUACUGAGAGAAAGGAUGCAGAAUGA